CGUAUUUUAAACUACUAGUGGUGACUUGCUGCAUCAGUUUUUACGAUGCUAGUUUCUCAAUCAAAUCAUUGCACUCCCUCCGCGUGCAGAGCAUCGUAUUCGGGUAAGAGUAGUAAACGAGAGAGCUACUAAUACGAAGUAAAGAUUGGGGACUUCUUGUUGCGAAAAAUGAUCUCCGGACAGUGAUUGAUGAUGUGCGUCUGAUUUUCGGAACCCCCAUGAGCUCUCUCGAAUGUAGCAUAAACUGAUAAGACAGGUCAUAGAGUUUGAUUGUCGCGUGACAGCAAGAUUAUAAAUUUUCUGUAGACCAGCAGUAACACACUUAUACAAGUGCAACAGGCACCAAAUUGGAACAUGUACGCCCUCUUCACACGCCGUUCAUCAAUUGUGGUUUCCGUUCUCGUAUUCUAUGUUCUAGAAUCAAUCGAGGUUUCAGCAUGGAUACCUGCGGCUGGGAAGAUUUCUCCGAAGUCUGCCGCACUAUCUUUUCAGCGCAGCAGCAGCAAUUCAGGAUCUGUCUGCUACUCCACGCUCGAGGACAAAACAGAGCCCUCGCCCCAAACUACCCAGCUUGAACCACGUUUGUCAUCCUCCAUAGUGCUUUCAACGCCAAAGAUAAAAUACACAGUACCAGGAAUGAAACGCGGCUGGAAAGAAAACGGUGUGUGGAUGGACGAAGAUGGACCGCGAAAUGGGCCACCUCAAAAUUUCUGGAGGCAAAUGGGUGAUGAACGACUAUACGAUGAAAACAUGCAGCUGGUAAAUAAUCUGUUAAAAUUGAACACCUUUGAUGGGAAAGGGUUGGGAAUCAACACAAGCAGUUCCAAUCGUUUGAGCGACAUGAUCAGUGGAAUGGUGGAGAAACUCGAAAAGACCAAUUCCAUCCGCAUUCCAUCCCUGAACCGAUUGAUCCUGGGAAACUGGGCUCCCAUUGUCCGGGGAGGCCAAGUCGUAGCUGCAUCCAACGAAAGCAAGGAAGGAAAAAUAACAGCAGUUUCAGUUCCGUAUCGAUUUCACGUCCAGCGAACCGGUGGACAAAAGCUAGCUCAUAAAACGCCUUAUGGCCAAUUUGACGAACACUUGGAACCCGAAGAAGAACUCACCAUCCGGGAGCUAUCUUCGGAUGGAAAUACUGUCUCCACUACAUCGUCUGGCGUAGUAAAUGCGUCUGGGGAUAAGUACGAAUCAAGGCUUGUGAAAGGAUUGCACAACGCAAGUGAAAGCGAUUCGUUGUACCUCGGUGCCAUUACAUAUGUCACCAAAUAUCUCAUAAUCAUGCGACGAUUUGAAUCGUCACAGGAACAAGAGGGCGACAAGCCAGCUAACGGACCGGUGACAGAGAUUUGGAUCAAGGUCGACAGUGACGAUGGUUCGAAGUAAGAUAUAAACAUAGAUAUGAAGCGAUGUUCUAUUUAUAUCCAAAUGGACCAUCACCAUGUCAUCCGACCGACAAAGACCCCUGCAAACUUUCUCAUCGAGCAGUAGACAUUCCUGAAACCGCACAAAUAUUCGAAUUCUGUUCCUUCGUGGUCAUGGAGUAAAUGGAAUCAGAAUGUGACGCAUCUUCUUGGAAACAUAGAAACCUGUUUUUUUGCUUUCUUUUUACAAGGAUCGGAUCAAUACACGUUUUAGCUGCAAUAUGAUUCUACUGUGUCCAGAACCUACGAGCACAACAUAUUAUGAAAAUCCGUUGGUGGACUCUAUCGUUGUUUUUCAUUUUAGCUUUAUGGCAAUUAGUUUGGAAUGACAGAUUUGUGCGGCCAAACAGCGACAGCGCACAUGAUUUUGUCUGCAGAUCCCAUUUAAAUAUUAUUUAUCUCUAGUACUAGUAGCAAUGUUUCGUACAUACGCUUUGCGCUUCGUUGGCACCAGUGAAAAGAAUGGAUCUUCGCCGUGAAGAAUAGUAUAUUGCGCCAAAUAACACUCAACAACUGAU